UCUGAGUGGGUGGUUGCACGGCACGUGGACCUAAGCACAAGGCGCAAGACAGCCUUCCGUAAGACUGCCCUGCGCGGAACCAUUGCUCCAAGCAUGUACCACGACUUUCGAGAGUUGUGGACGGAGGAGCUGUGGGAUCGGAGUUUUGGGACUUCCUCCAUCAGUGUCUACGAGUCCAAAGCGGACCUCUAUGAUUGGCAGCGGUGGGAGAAGCCGUAUGUGGUGGUGUGGCUACAUGGAAUGCAUCAGGGUCCCAUUGAUGCCAGCACACUUCGCAAGCUGCAGCGGAGGCUUUGGCGUCGGGUGAUCUUCGUCGUUCCGACCAACCCGGAACCACAGCGUGGAAUGCUUUUCAGCUGGGGAUGCACCUUCACCAAGGCCCAGAACAAACAGGUGGGCGUCCCAGGGUGUUGUAAGUCAUUUAUAGCCUUUCGACGGGUUUUGAUCUGGCUUGAGCGGGCUGUUUAUGGGACACUCGGAGGGUUCUAG